UUCCCCGCCGCCGCCGCCGCCGCCGCUCCUCCUCCUGCUCUCUGUGGGCGGAGCGGGACACGAAGGCAGGAAGCGGCCAUGGCGGACUGGGGGCGAGGUGAGAGCGCGGAAGAGGAUGGCGAGGGGGCGCCUGAGCGGGAGCGGGUGGCGGCGGCGGCGGCGCUGCCUUCCCUCAGGAGAACGGGGCUUGGGGCGCCGUUGCUCCGGCUCGUCGCGCUGCCUCAGGACCUCCGUGGCCUGUGCUGGGGGUGGGGGACGGGGAACAAAGGAGGCAUUCUGAUCCUCCCCAGGUCACAGUUGCCACCUUCCCCCCUGCUCCGGGCUCCUGUGUAUUCUGUAGUUGACUGACAGGCAAGGACGUGGCAGCUGUUUUGCCCAUGCUUUGCCAGUGUGGCUUUCUGUUGUGGUGGAGGAAUGGACUCUUCCCCGCUCGCAGGGCAUUUGUGUGUGUGUCUGCAGUGUGGGGUAACAUCCCACACUAGCAAGUGGGGAGCCUGCUGUGAUGGUGAAAAUAGGCUUUGGAGUGAGCUGGGGGAAGGUCUUCAAAAUAACCACACAUUUUACCAUAUUUUGUUGUUGUUGUUUAGUCGUUUAGUCGUGUCCGACUCUUCGUGACCCCAUGAACCAGAGCACGCCAGGCCCUCCUGUCUUCCGCUGCCUCCCGCAGUAUUACCUUUUGUUUUAACAGCUGUUAUGUUUUAGCUGCACUAAGUGGCAUAAUUAUUUUAUCUUCAUUUCAGGUCAGAAUGCCAAUGCUGUGGAUGAUAUGUUAGAUGUGGAAAAUAAGCGUAUGACCGAAAACCUAGCCUCCAAAGUCACCCGGCUAAAAUCGGUUUGUAGAUUACUUACUUUACUUGGGGCUCAUCCACACUUACCUUUUGCCCUGUGUUUUCUAGGCACAGGGCUGUGCUUUGAAAUGUCAUCACUGAACAUGUUUUCUUUCUCUUGCCCUGGUGCUUUCCCAUCGAAAACUUGCUCUUUCACGCUGAAUCAGAACAAAUGGAAAUUUGUGGCAUUUGGGCAAAAAGGAAGUCUGGAUGAGCCCUUGCUCUUUGAUUGCUGUCUUGCUCUCCAGAAGACUUUGGUCUUUGAGGGUUUUUGUUUUUGUCCCCACCCCCCUUGUAUUUAGUAAUAUACAGAGAAUUUCUCAGAAGCAAAUGAUAUUCUUGUUUGCAGUUUUACUGCAAUAACUGCUUCAUUCUGUGUUUUCAAUAGCUUGCACUGGACAUUGACAAAGAUGCUGAGGAUCAAAAUCACUACUUGGAUGGCAUGGUAAGCAACUGUUUGCACUCUUUAAGAAUUACUGAUGAAGCUCAGCAUGAGCAAACAGGACAAUUAGUUUGUACUGGAACAUAUUUCUGUACAGAGAAGAAGUCACUCACAAGUCUAUUGGUGUAAGUAGCUCUGUUCCAGAGAGUUAAUGUGUUUUAGCAUGCCAUUCUACUUCUGGAACAUGCUCAUGCACACAUAUCUUUUUUUCCUUUCCAAGAGGGACCAAACUUGUUGGUCUUCUGUUGGUAGUGAUUCCCUGAGAAAUUGGUGUUCAGUGAUCUGGUAUCUAAUGCCAAAUAUGCUGUGAAACUAUUUUAUGCAGUAAGGUUCGUGUCAAAUAUUCUGAAUUUCUUAUGCAAGAAGUACCUGAAUGAACAAGUGUGCAAACCUUGUGUGGACCUUGCACAGACUACCACAUGUUAUAAUGAUCACAUAGAAGUCUUAUUUUCUCACUGGGUUAUCGCAAGGAUAAAUGAGAUCAAAAUAUGCACGCAGUAAAGUCAUUUAAAAUUGUUAUUGACAAGGUCAAAUCUUGAAUUUCACUAGUGUAUUUUGCUGGUGUGGGAUCUGAGCACAUGUGUCUGCAUUUGUUUGGGUUUUCUUUUUAAAUAUUAACAGUAUUAAAUUGGAAUUCAAUUAACUGAGUUAAAUAUAUUUCUCUCACUGAAAUAUGCCAUAUGUAUAUAUAAUCAUGUUGCUUCUUUAAGUAAGCAAUGUCUUCUAAAUACCUUAUUAUUUCUACUCUUGGCAUUAGGAUUCUGAUUUCAUGAGUGUGACAGGCCUUCUGACGGGGAGUGUGAAGCGUUUCUCCACUAUGACCCGGUCGGGAAGAGACAAUCGUAAACUUCUUUGCUACGUCUCUGCUGGACUGAUUGUAGUCUUCUUCAUCCUCUAUUAUUUGGUUACAAGAGCACGGACUUGAGUAAUUGUCAAGAUUUUGUAUUGGAUAGUUGUUGAAGAGGGGGGAAAACUGAUGAAGAAAAUGGUUUUGGAAGAUCUUCAGAUCCUGAAAAUAUUAUUCAAAUGUUGACAGUCAUCCAGAGGCACCUCUGUGGAUUUCAGUAUCGUCUCUGGAUUGUUUUGACGCUCUCUCUUAAAAAGAAUAUAAUUUAUUCUGUCACUGUUCCUUUGAAAAUUUAAAUGCAGCACAAUUCACAUCCUUGUUGAAACCAAGUCUCUAUAUAAUACCUUAUUCUCUCUGCUGUCUGGGUGGGAAAGCAUGCUGGUGAUGCCACCUCUUAUAAUUUUGUGGUCAGCAGGAAAAUCCUGACACCCAUGUCAGAGAUGUUCAAGUGCCCAAUUUAAAUGAAAAAAUACUACCUGGAGGACUGUGAUGCAUCUCUUGAGAACUAAUUGUGUUAUGGACAACUUCUUCCUAGAAAAAUAACUUUGAAUUUAUUUCCACUUCUGUUAACAUCAGCAUUUAUAAGUAGUCAAACAAUCCUUUUUGCCUAUUACUCUCAAGGACUUGCUUAGUAAAACAGAGAAUAUUCCUAAACGAAGGAAGAGUGAGAACUUGCACAAAUGAUUUUAUCUCAUUUUUUUCCUUCUUGUUCUAGUCUGUCCCCUGACCAAAUUAUUUAUAUUUGUUUCUUGUUAUACAAACCUUACCUUAUAGCAAGUUAAAGUAUAUUCGCUUUAAAAAGUUUGUCCAAAUCAUCCUUUCUGUUAAAGAAUUUUAUUGAUUCAUUGAUUCUUGGUUAAGUCUUCUUUAGCUGGCUGCUGAAUAAUUAUCCACUUCUCUCUGGAAUCAAGUAGCAUUUUGCAAUACUCCUCAGUUUUAAUGUUUGUUACUAGGUUCUGGCACCUGGAGUGCCAGAAAGGUAUUAACAGCAAAACUGGAGUUAAGUUUGUGUGUGAUAUAUAUAUAUAUAUAUAUGAAAGAGUGUGUGUGUGUGUGUGUGUGUGUGUGUGUGUGUGUCCUAUGCAUGUAUACUCAAAACAUGGGUAAAGGCAUAUAGGAUUGCAGCCUAGGUUUUUCAUCUCUCAGCUGGUGGUCUGAUGUUCCAAUUUCCCAGAUAUAACUUUCCAUAAUUUACUAUGUCACAAUUGAAAUAAUAUAAAGAAGAAAGAUUCUGGUACAGUUCUGCUGUGUAUCAUGGUCUAGUUGAUACAUUGCUGAUCUUUGUCAUUCAAAGCCUGACUUGAUUUGGGUGAAUCUUGCUUUUUUUGUUUCUCAUUUAUUCUAUAACAUCUCAUCAUAGCAAUAGUACCUUCACACUGGUUUUUAACUUAAAAAUAAAAUUAAAACAG